UUUUUUUAACCCAAUUAAAAAAAAUUCCAAAAACACAAAAGAAAAACCGGUCUGGGAAUCGGGCAGAGAAACAAGCAGAGUGGGAAAACGAAGAGAAGGAGAAAGCAAAAGGAAGAAAAAAAAAAAAAAAAGCCAACAGCCAAAACGCAAUUUCUUGUCUCCCUUCCUUUCUCUCCCCCAUUUUUUUUAAAAAAUCCAAAAUAAUAAUAAAAUUAUUAUUAUUCUCUAUAUUUUUGCUCAAAAUUAUUCGACAAUUGACUCUUCACCCUCCAUUUGUUCUUUUUGUUACUUUAUGUUUCCUCAGAUCUGAACUUUCUGAGAAAUUUUGGGACGAAUUCGAUUCGGCAAAUCAGCGACGAAGUUAGAAAAAAUCGCCGGUCCGAUUCAAGAAUCCGUAUUGAAAUGGAUGAUUUUCCAGGUUUAUUAGCCAAAGAUUUUGGGAUCAAACCCCAAGGAAAGUCAGCCCCGAUGGCACCUCCUAGAUACCCUUCUUCUAGUGCCAAUUUCUCUUCGGGUCCGAAUUACGGGUUCCGAUCCGAUUUUACCCGAUCCUCAUCCGGCGACGCCAAAUCGUCAUCCAAUUCCAUUUUUGACGAUCAGGAUCGCGACGGGCUCUUGUCUAACGAUGUCUAUGGUGGACCCCCUAAGUACUCCUCCGAGUCUCGAGCUACAACCGCGCAAACUUCGUCGUUCGAUUACGACUCCUUAUUCAAGGACCCGAAGCCACCGGUUUUUGACAAGCCUGUUUACGAUGAUGAUAUUUUCGAUGGAUUGCCGGGGAUCAAGACCUCUUCCGAAACAUCGGCCGCUAAGUAUGACAACGUGUUUCCGAUCUCGGGGUCUAAGCAAAAGUCGGUGAAGAGCUCGCCGUUUGAUGAUCUGCUUGGUAGUCUGGGGAGGAAAGAGACGGAGCCCAAGGCGAAGAGUGAGAGAGUGAAACCGGAGAAAGAUGCGCCUCUUUUUGAUGAUUUGCUUUCUGGUUUCGGUCGGAGUAGCUCUCCUGCAUCUGCGAGGUCAACUUCAGAGGCUGGCCAGUCCCAGAAACCAGCCUCAAAUUCAAGCAAGGCUGGCUCAAAUUUGAUGGAGAACCCUUUUGUUGUCUUAGAAUCAACAUCAGACCCUGCAGAUUCGUCCUCAGGGUUGUUUACAGACCCCUCAGAAGUAAUAAGCAAACUUAAUGGAUCUGGCAAGUCAAAAGUGGAGAGUUCAUCUGGAAGUGGGGGAGUAUUUGAUGAUAUAGAUCCUUUUGGUGGUCUUGGAAAAUCUGUACCUCCUGUGUCAUCUGAGUUCAAUAAGAGAGGGAAGGAUAGGAGCCCAUUAAGAACUGCAAGUGGAUCACAAACUCCUACCGGUAAAGAGCCAAAUGAUGAAGAUCAUGAUUACCAUACAAAGAAGAGGAUGCCUUCUAUGGACAAUUUUCCAGUAUCUCAUCAACCUGUGUUUGACAUGCCCAGUAUGUCAACUGAUUUUCAUAGCUCUGUUGGUCGAGCUACUAGCCCUCCUCCUUACUCGAAUGUUGGUUCUAAUGAGACUAAUUCCCAGGUAAAUACAACUCCAAGAUCUGAGGAGAACUUUGACACACCUGAAGAUGUGUGGCUCACCGUAUCAGAGAUUCCCCUCUUUACACAACCGACUAGCGCUCCACCCCCUUCAAGACCCCCACCUCCAAGACCUCCACGAGUUUCAAGGUCAAUGACAGGCUCUUUUUCUUCCACAAAUGCAAAAAAGGUCAAUGAUUUUUCUUCUUUCCCAAACUCACCUCAUAACUCACACAGUUCUCAGUCAGCUCGUGCUGCAGCAAGCAACUCUGUUACAUCUCCAUUUGAUGAAUUUGAAGAUUUUGCAAUGGGUAGGGCCUGGAAUAAUGUCGAACAGGCUGAACUUUUUCCUGGUGAUGAUUUUGAAACUAACUCUGUUGCUGCUGCUUCUGCUGCUGCCAUGAAAGAGGCAAUGGAUAGAGCCGAGGCUAAAUUUAGGCAUGCCAAGGAAAUGAGGGAGAGAGGGAAUUUGAAGGCUGCUAGAAAUAAAGAAGCUGGUCAAAUGGAUAAAGAUGAGAGAGCUAUGCAAGAUGCUUUGGAUAGAGAAGUUAGAGAAAAGCACGAGAGACUGGAGCGUGAGAGGCAAAGGGAGGAGGAAGAGAGAGAGCAAAGGAGACAUGAAUUGGAGAGGGAAAGGGAGGAGAAGGAGAGAGAACAAAGAAGGCUUGAGAAAGAGAAGGAGCGAGUUAGGGAGAUGGAGAGGGAAAGGGAAAGGGCCAGACAAGCUGUUGAAAGGGCUACUAGGGAAGCUCGGGAAAGAGCAGCAACUGAAGCUCGUGCAAGAGCUGAAAGGGCUGCUGUUGAAAAGGCAGCCGCUGAGGCUCGAGAACGGGCAGAAAGGGCUGCAGUGCUGAGAGCACAAGCUGAAGCUCGUCAAAGGGCAGCUGCUGAGGCAAGAGAAAGAAUGGAAAAAGUUGCUGCAGAAGCCAGAGAAAGGGAGGCGAGAGAGAGGGAAGCACGGGAGAGGACUGCAACAGCAAAAGUUGAAGCUGAAGAAAGGCUUAGAGCAGAAAGAGCUGCUGUGGAGAGGGCUGCUGCAGAGGCUCGAGAAAGAGCAGCUUCUUCUGCAAGGGCAAGCCAGCAAAAGAAUGACAAUGAUCUUGAGUCCUUUUUUAAUAUGGGUUCUCGACCAAGCAGUGCACCAAGGCCAAGAGCUAACUCUUCAGAUCCCCUGUUUGAUGGACAAAACAAGGGAGGGCCUGAAGUAGCUAGGGGAACAUCUGUAGGAUCCUCAUCUAGCAUGAGGAAAGCUUCUUCAACUGCAAAUAUUGUUGAUGAUCUCAGUUCUAUUUUUGGAGCUGCUGCAUCUUCAUCUGGAGAGUUCCAAGAGGCUGACGGGGAAACUGAAGAAAGACGAAGAGCUAGGUUGGAACGCCACCAAAGAACUCAGGAGCGUGCGGCCAAAGCACUGGCUGAGAAAAAUCAACGUGACCUUCAAGUGCAAAGGGAGCAAGCUGAGAGACAUAGAAUUGCUGAAACACUAGAUGUCGAGAUCAAGAGAUGGGCUGCUGGGAAAGAGGGAAAUUUGCGUGCUCUGCUUUCAACAUUGCAAUAUGUUCUUUGGCCUGAAUGUGGUUGGCAGCCUGUUUCUUUGACGGAUUUGAUUAUUGCUGCCGCAGUUAAAAAGGCUUACAGAAAGGCUACUCUUUGCAUCCAUCCUGAUAAAGUCCAGCAAAAAGGUGCCAAUCUUCAACAGAAAUAUAUUGCAGAGAAGGUGUUUGACUUGCUCAAGGAAGCGUGGAACAAGUUCAAUUCAGAGGAGCUUUUCUAAGUUUCGAUUCGUUGAUCAUGUAGCUAAGAGAUCCAUCAUUUGGUAAACUAUGCCUUGGAGUUGAAUGCAUGACCGUUCCAGCAGCUAUAAUUUUCUUAUUUGCUGCUGUUGUCUGCUUCGUGUUGAUGAUUCAUUAUAUCAGCUGCUAAAGCAGGGCGUAUGGUGCUGCUUCAAAGGCUUGUAAGGUAUGCGAAGGGUGAAGUACUCUUCUUUUCUUCAGAUCGCUGUACAUUAAUCUUCAUCCAGCUGAUGCGCAUGGAAAGGAAUCUCAUUGUUAGAGUAGAUUACAUAAUUCAUCGACUUGGUCUAGUUCUAUCGUCUGCCCCACAUGCACAAGAUGAGGGGAUUUUUGUGUUGAUUCU